AUGGCCAAUCGCCCGCCGAAUCGAUCUGAUGCAUUGCUGUUGAAUAUCCAAGCCGCUUUCGAAAGACUAGAAGAGGCAAUACACCCCAGCGAUGUCCCGAUGUUCCGUUCCACUACUUUACAUGACGUACUGAAAGCCGCGAAGAUCAUUGAAUGUGAUCAGUCUAGACGUCGCUGCCUUCGUAAUUUGCGUCGUCUUGAGCCGUUAUUCGAAGCCCUGGGGCAAUUUUCGGGAGCGCUCGAAACUCUUUGUCAGGGUACUCCAUAUCUGCACCAAUCAAACUUUUCCUUCAGGUUUCUAUUCGUUCUUGUACCCCUCUUUUCGGCCUGUCUUUUUGAUGCUCUGUGGAGAAAUUACCGUACUCGUUUCGAUGGGCUCCUUCAAAAUCUUGCUAGAAAUCGAGAUCUCGUGGACAAGGAGGCAGCCAGUUUCGACAUUAUUGAGUCGAAGGCUUGUAGACAGAGAUUGCUGAAGGAUAUUGACAAACGUGAGGCUGACAGACAAGAAUGGCAGCUUCGAGACUCUAUUGGAUGGCUAGAUUUGAAGGGCCAAGGUCGCGAACAGGACGAGCUGCUAGACCGCUACUUGACAUGUCGAGAAGCCGGGACGUGCAAGUGGAUUCUUCAACAUCCGUCGUUGUCCACAUGGUUGGAUACUAACGAGCAGAAACCAAUGCUUUGGGUUAACGGCAAGCCGGGUUCAGGCAACACUAUGCUGGCUGCAUAUGUGGCUGCAAACACACCUGUCGUCCCCAAAUCUCAUAUCGUAUACUGUCUCUGUUCGUAUGGCUUUGCAAACCUGGAGAGAAAUGUUUGCAGCUUAACAUUCAGACUCUUCAUUGCCCAAAUCCUAAGGAAGUAG